AAAUCAAUUAACGAGUCACCAUCCGCUGUGAAUUGAUAUAUAAUAGAAUUUUAAAGUUUUGAUAAUUUGGUAAAUCUUGUUAAAAUGGUCAAGUUUGCUGUGUUAGGCCUGAUACUGGCUUUUGCGUUGUUGGCAGAGGGAUCGUUUUUCCCGAUUCGACACUUAUUCCGAGGUGAUCCUUUCCCAGAGCCAAAGUCCUACGAACCCGUUCCGAGUAAUGUUCAGCUGAACAAUAUUACGCAACGACUCGAUAAUUUCGAUCCGUCGAAUGAGGCCACAUGGGAACAACGAUUCUAUUCGAACAAUGAGUUCUAUCAACCGGGAGGACCUAUUUUCGUAUUUUUAGCUGGCGAAUGGGAGAUUACCCCCUACCGUUUAACCAACAGUUUAAUGGCUGAUAUUGCCAGUGAAUUGAAUGGCAACAUCUUCUAUUUGGAACACCGUUACUAUGGUCAAAGUCGUCCGACACCUGACACAAGCAAUCAGAAUCUGGGUUUCUUAAAUGUUGAACAAGCACUGGCUGAUGUUGCUCAUUUUGUUGCUCACGUAACUUCCGAAGAAGUGUCACCUGGGGGAGCUAACUCUUCUGUUAUCGUUGUUGGUGGUCACUAUUCGGCUUCACUCGCCGUGUGGUUCAGACAAAAGUAUCCACACUUGAGCACUGGAGCCUGGGCCAGUAGUGCACCGCUUCUUGCACGCGUCAACCAUUUUGAAUACAAAGAACUUUCCGGUGCUGCGUUUCGAUCUGCGGGACAGGACUGCUACGACACAAUUGAACAAGGCUUUGCUCAAAUCGAACGAUUUUUUGCUGAUGGGAGACACGCAGAUGUUGAUGAAUUGUUUAACACAUGCGAUCCAAUUACAAGUCCGGCCGAUGUAGCACUGUUCUUCAGUGAAAUUUCUGAAAUUUUCUCGAUAAUUCCACAAUUCGAUCACAUCUAUUCGAUUCGUGGAGUGUGUGAUUUGAUUACAUCUACAGACGAACCAGAGAUUAAUCGUCUGGCCUAUUUUAUCAACAAUGCUAUCGAAGGCUUGCCAAUUGAUUGUUUGCCUAACGGUUACGAUGGUUUGAUUGAAAUGGAUAGAGAGACCGGCUGGGAUCAUCCAGUAAACUCUUAUGGCAUUCGUCCCUAUUCAUAUCAGCUAUGUUCUCAGUUGGGAUGGUUCCAUUCGUCGGAAUCCAGAUGGCAACCAUAUGGAAAUAGUUUCGGUAGUGAAUGGAUGUACACCACCUGCCACGAUGUUUUCGGCGCAGAUUUUAACCAAACAACCAUGGACGGAAACGUAAACCGAUUUAACACAGUGUAUGGUGGUUUAAAUCCGGAAGUUAGCAACACAAUUUUCGUUCAUGGUGAACUCGAUCCAUGGAGAACAAUCGGAAGAUUGACCGAAUUGAAUCCAUCUUCACCGGCCAUUGUGAUUCGUGGAUCAUCGCAAGGAAAUGAUUUAGGACCAAUUACCGAUGAAGAUAGCGCUCAAUUGUUAGCGGCAAAACGUGAAAUAACUGAGAUUAUCACCGGAUGGGUGCAAGGAGCAUAAAUUGUAAAUCAGUAAUCAAAAAACGUAUAUUUUAAAAUAAACA